AUGUCUCUCAAUAUUGGACAGAAGCUGGGCGUCUUUGGACAAUCGGCAGGUCCAAUCUUCUCCCGGGGCUUGCGGACACAGUCAUAUAUAUCCCCCUUGAGUUUGCUAAGGCCGAUUCCCGUGGCCCAAAGUUUUUCUCGGCGACAGUACUAUGGCAGGUCUCGACCUCGAGAGCAGCGGCGCAUCAACUCGAAACUCGCCUCUGGCAGUUUACUGGUCUUGACGGCCAACUCAGUCGCCGAAACCGGGACGACGACGUGCGCGGUAUCAAACGGGAACAAUGUUUGCGCAAGGAGCUUGCACUAUUCCAGCAAGCAAAGGACAUUAGAAACAUUGGCCCGGCAGCUUUGGAGGCGGACGAUACACACACAACAUGACAACAAUUCAGGCGAAUCUCCUGAGAAUAAUAGACCGAAGGGCACGGACGCACCGAAAGAACAACUCAAGACAGAAAGCAAAGAGCACACGUUAUUAAACAAAAACCUUCGCGAACGUUUACCACACUUUCACCGGCCUACAAAGGAGGAGCUGUUAGCGGCAGCCACUGGGUUUUGGUCCAGGUUACGGGUUAGAUUCAAAUGGUUCUCGAUUCGGAGCGUGCGCCCAUUCAACUUGGACGAGAUAGGCACUCUCUUUUCAUGGGUAAUUUUGGGGCAUAUGCUCUGGAUCAUCCUCGGAACAACAACUUUCUUCUCUCUGCUGAUAUUUGCCAUCAACACAGUUUUUGCACAAGAAACCUUGGCUCGUUGGGUUGGAAACUAUCUCACCAAAUCUUCAGGGGUCAAGGUUGUCUUUGAGUCUGCCAUUGUGCCUAAAUGGAAGAACGGAGUGAUUACCUUCAAGAACGUAUUCGUCUCUCGUAGGCCCGGACAUGGUGAAGGCCACGUGAGCAAAGGAUCUUCAAGAACAGCCGCUGCUGCAGCCGCUGCCGCCGCCGCUUUGAGUGACACCAAGGAUUCGGAGACGGACGUUCAAGAGGAAGAUACAAACUACACCCAAUUCGAUGUUUCAAUCGACACAGUCAACGUGACCCUUUCCUUCACAAAGUGGUUCAAUGGCAAAGGGCCCCUGCGAGAUGUGGAAGUGAGAGGCAUCAGGGGCGUCGUUGAUCGCACACAUGUCCAUUGGGAAGAUACAGAUCCUGAUCCAAAGUCUUACCGGCAUGAACACAACCCAGGGGAUUUUGAGAUCGACUCCUUCAAAAUGGAGGAUCUCCUCGUGACGAUCUAUCAACCCAACAACUUUCGACCCUUCUCAGUCAGUAUAUUUUCCUGUGACCUCCCUCAGCUCAGGAAACAGUGGCUGUUUUACGAUUUUCUAUCCGCAAACAUGAUAUCCGGCUCUUACGACAACUCACUGUUCACAAUCCAUCCGCGUCAGACGCAUAAUUUCACCGGGACUCAGCUGAAUGACUACGGAGAAGACGGUGCUGGAAGCAGUCCUUGGAAAAAGCAGAGCCGGAUUCGGAUCGACGGUCUGAAUAUUGACCAUUUGAACCGCGGGGUUGAGGGCCCAUUUUCCUGGAUACAUGAGGGAGGGGUCGACAUAGUCGCUGAUAUAAUGCUACCCGCGGACAGCAACGACGGUCUAGCAAAGGUGGUUUCAGACUUUUACGACCGUGUUGAGGCCACAGUGACUUCACAUCGUUACCCUUCAGAAGUGGAACAGAGUCACCCACCUCAUCUAGGGCUUUCUUUAACCACCGAUGAAAACGACAAGAGAUUUCUUGUCACCGAUCUACGCAUUCAUCUAACAAACGUACGCGCGGUUGUUCCCUUGUUCAACCGGGAUCUUUCAUAUAUAAACAAUGCUCUCAUUCGCCCGAUAGUUGCAUACAUUAAUUCUCGACGCACUUUUAUUCCGGUGCAUUGCCGGCUUAUCAAAAGACUUGAUGACUUCGACGGAAGCUGGACCGUGUUUGACAGCGGCUUGAUGGAUGACCUUUCUGCAGCGACGUAUGACGCAUUCGCUCGCGAUGUAAUGGACGACCAAGCACGCAAACGACGGUUCAAGAAAGUCGGCUUCUGGUCAUUACAGCUUGCUGCCCAGGCGAUUUUCCUGGGGAUGGCCGGAAACAUUGAACGAAUCGCUGCCCACCUUGCGACCUUGCGAUAUUACUGCGGGAGCCUGGCCCUGCCAUCUACCGGCAUCCCAGUUCCCCCUGCCACUUCAACUCGUCUUCAGUAUUCUACCUGCUGUCGAAAACGCGCAGCCCACAAGAGCUUGUUUUGCUCUUGGGUCUUUGAAUCUUUCUUCUCGGAAUCCGCCAACCCCUUCAGGGAUCAGCUUCGUUUCGGCCAAUACAGUAGUAGAUGCGAGGCUGAGCAUGGUGUCAGGAUGAACGAAGCCAACACCAACGGAGGGCGCCACAGGAUGGCGGCGGAAUCCAUCGAUGCGACUGCAUCGAAUGCCUCGCCGUCAGAUUCGCCAACACAGUCUCCUCCUAGCGUCCUCAACAAGGCUGGUGUGCGCAACCUACCCCGGACCUCGUCGAUCGAUUCCGCUAUUUCGUCCAUUUCUUCGGUCUCGCAUUCUCAAAAGUCUGCUCUCGAUUCGAACUCUUUGACGUCUGCCGAUAUCACCAAUCUCAUCACUACAGCUGGCUCUGCGGAAGCGGUGAUUCUACAUCUUCUCAAGGAAAGGCACCACGCUGUCGCACGGAAUGAGCAACUAUGGAGACUUCUUGAGAAGCAAAGGGCGCUUGUCCUUGGUUUGAACAAGGACCUUGAGCGCGCUGUCAAGGACAGGGAAAAUUACCGGAAACGUCUAAAGGAGCUACAGAGUCAACCACCCCCGUUGGCAGUCAACAAAGCCAUAGAGUCUCUACCUCUAAAAGACAGCCCUCCCCUUGAACAGAACCCAAAGUCAACGUCUUCAGGUUCGCCGCUCUCAGACAAGAACCUCGCCCCGUCUACUUACUCGCCGUAUCGCCCACGCGAAGAUCCAAAGUCGCUGGUUUCUGCAAACAUCCCGGUCCAGGCCAACCAACUACUUACCGAACGCUCAAGAAAUAACCCUGCGCAAGCCAAUCCGAUGACUGCGCCUACUGCUGAGUUACCGAAAUUACCGCCGCCAAAUCGCAAACCCCCUCCAGCCCCGUUAAAUCUCAACCAAAUCCAUCGUCGAAGUUCCCCGAUAGACCCGAACGCACCACCAUUAGACUCUGGCUCGGACUACGAUGACUCUGAUCGCGGGCGGCGCAGGACGAGAGAGGAGGACGACGAAGACCGUGAAGCCGCGGUUGUCCGUGAGCAAGAGACUCGCAGCAGGUCGACUAAACAAAAGGCUACCGUUGUUGAACCGACAUCAUUCCCGACAACACCAAAAGGCAUUCCUUCUAGCCCGAGGAUCAUUGCUCCUUCGGGUCCUUACAAUGGCAAUGGGCAAUUUGCGGGAACAGACUCUCUGGCAGCCAUCAUCAACUCGAAUAUUUCGGACCAUGACAGAGCGGGCAUGCCUAUUUCAACUCCAGGUCUACCCUUGAGCCCUAGACCGGGAGACCGCCCUCUUGGGUCUCCACUCCCCAGGCAGCCCAGAGAUGGCUCCGCGGUUAUUGUUUCGCCCCCUAUGUCGCCGAGAGCUGUUGUGACAGGUCUUCCCCAAUCACCUCGGGCAACCAAAAUGCCAACACAGAAACCUCCUCACCAAUUUGAUGGGAACCCACGCUCGUUACCUUCCAUCGAUAGCACGGUUAGAAGUGACGGCCGAGGCUCGCCCUACAGUUUAAAUCGGAGCAUAUACCAAGGGCUUGUUUCCGAUGACUACCCCGGGCUGCUUCUACCUCCAAACGCACUACCAUCCAUUGAAGUCAGGGUUGCGUCUUCUCGGCUUCGACCGUCUAGAACCAGCUACAUGGGAGGUAGGCCUUCAGAUGAAGAACAGGUCUUUAUCCUCAGUAUUUACUCGCGCUCCAGUAGAUCGGAAUUGUGGCGCGUGGAAAAGGCCAUUCAGGCUUUGCCUCAAAUUGACUACCAAGUUCGACAGGGAUGCGAAUUUACAGGAAGACUGCCGGAUCGAUCGAUAUUCAGUGGACACUCUCCGGCCAAGGUUGAUGCAAGAAGAGAUGCUUUGAAUCAAUACUUUGAAACCCUUUUAGACACACCAAUGACAGAAUCGGCUGCAUUGGUGAUCUGUCGGUUCCUGAGUUCAGAUGCGAUUGAACCACGUGAUGACGAGACCAAUCUCCUUAGAGCGAAUGGAAAGGGAACGCCGGAGCUCGUCCGCGGCCCUAAUGGAAAGCUUAGGAAGGAGGGUUAUCUUACCAAACGAGGCAAGAAUUUCGGUGGCUGGAAGUCUCGGUACUUUGUAUUGCAUGGGCCAGAAUUCAAAUAUUUUGAAUCACCUAGUGGCGCUCAUCUCGGCACUAUCAAACUUCACAAUGCCCAGAUUGGAAAGCAAUCACAAGGCGGCCAGAACCAAUCUCCUUCACGCGGCGAAGAUGACUCUGACAACCAUUACCGGCAUGCAUUCCUCAUUCUAGAACCAAAGAAGAAGGACUCCUCGGCUCUCGUCCGGCAUGUGCUAUGUGCUGAAAGUGAUGAUGACAGAGACUUGUGGGUUGAUGCGCUCCUCCAGUAUGUGGAUGACCUGUCAUCAGAUGAAGAGAAAGCUCCCAGCACACCACCUGUAAAACAGCCGCAGAAAAUCGUCAAAAACCCAUCAGUCACUAACCCCAAAACUCAAAAUUUGCAAAACAACAACAGGAAAGACAGUGUCAAAGGAUCUGAUAGUCCAGAUCCCAGGCCGCUAGAAAGCCUUCAAAGUUUUAGUUUUGAUGAUGCUGUCGCUGCCGACCCCCCAGUGUUUGGGACUACAUACGAAAAAGAUGGCGCGAAGACAUCACCGGCGUUGGGCGAUAGUGCCAAUGCAGAAAACCAGUUUUUGGGGGCUCCAGGCCCCAAGGUUAUAUCCGGCCCAACAAACGGUGCCGUUAUUCAGGAUGUUGGCGCAUGGGGCAACAAACCAGCAACUUCGACAAAGGAGAAGAAGCGAAGCAUUUGGGGGUUCCGAGCACGCUCGGCGUCGGAUAUAGCAGCAGCGGAGGCCGCUGCUUCUCAAAAUAGCGGUUCACCGUCUGACAGAAGGGACAUAGUCCGGCCGGUCUUUGGAAUGCCUCUGGCAGAGGCAGUACUAUCAUGCCCACCCAGGAAUGUGCAGGACACCGACCUCCCAGCUGUAGCAUAUCGGUGCAUUGAAUACCUGCAAGCCAAGGGUGCGGCAUCAGAAGAAGGUAUAUUUCGUUUGAGUGGUUCGAAUGUCGUGAUCAAGGCGCUUAAAGAGCGUUUCAAUACCGAGGGAGAUGUGGACUUUUUAACCGACGAGACCUACUACGAUGUACAUGCAGUUGCAUCUCUUUUCAAGCAGUAUCUACGCGAACUGCCUACAACGGUCUUGACUCUUGAGCUCCAGUAUGAUUUCAGACGUGUACCAGAACUGGAAGACAAGGAGCAAAAGAUCGCGGCGCUCAAUGUGCUGGUGCAUAUGCUUCCCAAGCCAAAUUUAGCACUCAUAAGCGCUUUGUCUCAGUUUCUUAUCCAAAUUGUCGAUAACGCUGAUGUCAACAAGAUGACAUUGCGGAACGUUGGCAUAGUUUUUGCACCAACCUUGAACAUGCCUGCGCCUGUCUUCUCUUUGUUCCUUACGGAAUAUGACAGCAUCUUUGGGGAUUUAGCAGAUCACAUCAAGACAGCAGGACUGCAAUUUAAUCCACCGAUCCUCCCAGAGGAUGUGCGUUCGCCUCGGCAUCAAGUCUUUCCAACAACAGCUGGCUACAACCAAGCCCCGGCACCAACACCGGCCUAUAACCAGACGUCAUUUUUCAUGCCUGACGACGCCGAUGCUCCCGUAUCGCACGAUUCUAUAAAAGCAAAUUACGACACCGGGUUUGUUCCUAUUCAAUCUUACGACAAACCGCGUCCUCGCCAGCAGGACAAUCCGCCUCGCACGACUCGGAUGUUGGACCCCAACGAAAAUUCAAGGGCUGCUAAAGCACAGCGGAGAGAGAGUUCCAUGUUGUUUAUGGACAUGAGUCAGCAGCGCAAAAGCUCUAUAUCUCAGUAUGGUGAUGAAUAA